AUGAGGCUGUGCCUGCUUCCCAUCUUGAGCCAUGCCUGGUACGGUUGGCGGGAAGAUGAAACAGGUAUCUAUGCGGAGGUGCAGGUUGCAUCCGCACCGUUCAAGUCGAACUUUGCGCACCUGAAGGACGGCAAGCCAAGGAGAAUCUGGAUAGAAGUCGGGGCGCACGUCUGGGAGAAUCUGCAACAUUCGCAUGUGUUUGGCAAGUCGGAGAACGACUUCCUCAUAUCUUUCGAGCCCCUGCUUGACAAAUAUGCCAUGCUGUUGAGUGAGUAUAAGGCAGAUGUUACUCAGCGGCGACCGCUGGGAUUUCAACACCAGCGAGGUCUUGUUUUUCCCUUUGCUGUUGGGUGCGACGAUCGCUACACACCCUUCACUGUGACCAACUUUGACAUGUGCAGCACGGUGCUGUCGCCGACAGAUGACGAGUAUGGUUACUGGCCACCGGAAUGUUCCACUGCAGUUGACAAGCGCAUGGUCCCGUGCAUUACACUGCGACAUGUGAUUGAGUCCUGGCUUUCAGGACAAGAGGUCUUCUACUUGAAGAUAGACGCUCAAGGCUUUGAUCUGAAUGUUGUGCAAUCUGCAGGUCCCAUGCUGCGGAAGGUGGAGCACAUUGAGCUCGAAGCAGCCUGUGACCGUUCUCAGCGGCUGUACCCGAAGGCACCUAACUGUUCCAGUACUUGGAACUUUAUGAAUCGUGCUGGGUACCGAUGUGUUCAGCUGCAUGACAUUGAGCACCCGAAACUGGGUGUGGCGUGUGACCGAAAUCGAGGUCGAAUUUGGUGUCAGAUAUGCAAGAGAGAAGUCAGCAUGUUCUUCACUCGACUAACGAAACCUUUUAAAUUUUGGAAAGACAUUUGA